AUGGCACCGGGUGGAGGGGGCGCGCUGCCGGCGGUCAUGGCGCGGGAUGUGCCUGGGCCCGCGGCGAUCCCGGCCGCGGCCAUGGCCAGCGCCGAGGUGGCGGCGGCCGAGGUGGUGCGCCGCGUCCAGCCCACCGAGGCCUCGGAGCGCCGCCGCGCCGAGGUCGUCCACUACGCGCGGAGGAUCGUCGGAACCGCACUCGGAUGCGAGGUCUUUGUAUUUGGUUCGGUUCCAUUGAAGACUUACCUUCCCGAUGGGGACAUUGAUUUAACUGUAAUUGGAAAUACAUCUUGUGGUAGUACUUUGAUUGAUGAUGUUUACUACAUCCUUGGGUCGGGGGAGGAGAAUGGUGACGCUGAAUUUGAAGUGAAGGACUUGGAACACAUUGAUGCAGAGGUCAGACUCAUUAAAUGCACUAUUGGAAAUAUUAUUGUUGAUAUCUCAUUCAACCAAACUGGAGGAAUCUGCGCAGUCUCCUUCCUUGAGCUGGUUGACCGCAAAGUUGGGAAAAAUCAUCUAUUUAAACGGAGCAUUAUAUUAAUCAAGGGAUGGUGUUAUUAUGAAAGUCGUCUACUAGGAGCUCAUCAUGGGCUUAUAUCAACUUAUGCAUUGGAGACACUUAUCCUAUACGUCUUUAAUCUAUUCCAUAAAUCUCUCCAUGGUCCCCUGGAGUUUUGUAUAGGUUUCUGGAAUAUUUUAGCAAGUUUGACUGGGACAAAUACUGCAUAA